GCCCUAAUCUAAAACAAGACAGAAAAGGGGGUAUGCAGAAUGGCGACAGACGGGUUUAGCAAAUGGAAUCGUGAGCUGAUGAGGAUGUGAACAUCACUUCCCAACAACACCUGACCUUCAAAUCCUUCUGUGGCAAAGAUGGAAAUAAACAUGCCUUACCAGUGGUGGAUGAUUAUGUGUGGUAUUUUAUGCAUUUUUUCUGUAAAUGCUUUUGAGGAAGUAACAAAAGAAAGGCUGGAAAAACUUCGGGAGGAGGUGCGUGAGAUGUUCCAGCACUCAUAUGAGGGCUACCUGCAGCACGCAUACCCACUGGACGAGCUGCGUCCGCUCACAUGUGACGGCGUGGACACCUGGGGCAGCUACUCGCUCACGCUCAUCGACGCCCUUGAUACACUGGCGGUCAUGGGCAACCACAGCGAGUUCCGUCGCGUGGCGGAGCUGAUCGUGACGUCACACUCGGACAUGGACCUCAACAUCAACGUGUCCGUGUUCGAGACCAACAUCCGUGUGGUGGGUGGUCUGCUCAGCGCUCACCUCAUGCUGGAUAGGGCCGGCGCACCGCUGCCGCUCGGCUGGCCGUGCAACGGACCCCUGCUGGCGCUGGCAGCGGACGUGGCCGCCAGGCUGCUGCCCGCCUUCGACACGCCCACGGGCAUGCCGUACGGCACGGUGAACCUGCGUUACGGUGUGCCGCCGGCCGAGACGCCAGUCACGUGCACGGCCGGCGUCGGCACGUUCGUGGUCGAGUUCGGCACGCUCUCGCGGCUGACAGGUGACCCGUUGUAUGAGCGGGUGGCCAUGCGCGCUCUGUACGCGCUGUGGGAGCGUCAGUCAUCCAUCGGACUCUUCGGCAACCACAUCAACGUGCUGACCGGGAAGUGGACGGCGCUGGACGCCGGCAUUGGCGCUGGUGUCGACUCUUAUUACGAGUACCUGGUGAAAGGCUCGCAGUUGCUGCAGCGGCCCGAGCUGAUGGCCAUGUUCGGGCGCGCGCGCCACGCCGUCGACAGCUACGUGCGCCGUGAUGACUGGCACAUGUGGACGUCGAUGACGCGCGGGCAGGUCACGAUACCCGUCUUCCAGAGCCUGGAGGCGUUCUGGCCCGGUCUGCUGUCUCUCGUCGGCGACGACGCGGCCGCCAUGGGCUCGCUGCACAACUACUUCCAGGUGUGGAAGCAGUACGGCUUCACGCCGGAGUUCUACAACAUCCCACACGGCGAGGCUACCGACGGUCGCGAGGGCUACCCGCUGCGGCCCGAGCUGGUCGAGUCGCUCAUGUACCUGUACCGCAGCACGCGCAACCCCGAGCUCGUCACCAUGGGCGAGCACGUGCUGCGCUCCAUCCAGCACUCGGCGCGCACGCGCUGCGGCUACGCCACGGUAAAGAACGUUAGGAACCACGCUCUGGACAACCGCAUGGAGUCGUUUUUCCUGGCGGAGACCACCAAGUACCUGUACCUGCUGUUUGACCCUGCCAACUUCCUGCACAACCCGGGCACCUCAGCGCGCGUGGUUGACACGCCCCGCGGCCAAUGUGUGCUGCACGCCGGCGGCUACGUCUUCAACACAGAGGCGCACCCGAUGGACCCGGCAGCGCUGGCCUGCUGCUCGGGGCCCCGCACGGACGAGGUGCUCCAGGAACUCACAGAGAACCCGCGCCACCGGCACUAUAAGCUGUUCCGGGGGCGGCUCCCGAAGCGGCACCCGCCGCGGCCCGCCGUCGCUCCUCCCGGCACCUGUCGGCGGUCAACACUACUACAGGUGAUGAUGGCGACCGCCGGGCGGCCGGACGCCAUCCGGACCGUGCGGACGGCGGCCGGCCGGCCGGACACGGCAGCCGAGUCGGGCGAGCGCUGCUGGCGCCACCUGGAGCUGAUGCGGGACCGCGAGGCCGAGCGGAGCUUCGAGCAGCUGCGCUGCGCCCGGCCGCCGUUCGAAGACCGCCUGCUGGUGCUGCACGAGGUGUUCAGCUGACCACGCCCCCGCAGCAGCUGAACCGACGCUGCGGUGGGGCGUGAGGUGUUGGCCGGCUGCAGGGCGUUUUCUCCCGCCGCAGCUAACGUGCCGAGAUCGCUGUGACAUGCAUCGGUGACCGCGGUGCCGACUCCCGCGUUGUUCCAGGUCAGCACAGGAUGCAAUGCUUCGUGGGGGUUGCGGCCCGGCGACCUUGCGUAGUUUGUGGUGUUACGGUGUUGCGGUGGCUGUGCGCGAGUGAUUUGUAGCUGAUGUCUCAGGCACUGCGGACGGCGCAGGCACCCACGGACUAUGGCUUCCAAGCCCGAGUGGCCGGACCGACCUCGGACCGUUCCGGGCGCACCGGCUGCGUCUAUGGACGAAGCCGGCUCACGUUCCAGUCGAGAACGAGGUGGGAGUCCUGCUGCCGAAGCCCAUCGGCUGUGAGGACUGCUGCUCUUGUUUGAAGAUUUGUUUGUAUUGUAAGGUGUAUGUGGAGGCAGUUGACGCACAGCCGUUCACGGAAAGCUAGAUUUGCAACAGCAGCAGCCUAGGCACGAAUGGAUGCGGCGGUGUGUUGGGCACGUUGAUUUUAUUACCCGGUGUUUAUGGGAUGGAAUACACCAGAGGGAUGCCGUCCAAAUGACUUGUAGGCUGGGUGACAGGUGUGUACAGUUCGUGUCGUCGCGCCACAUUCCUGGAUGGUUGUUGUUUUAGCAUCACCUUACAUGGGGAGCGUCGGGUAUCUGCUCUAUCCAGCUCGUUUUCAUUUUAGCAGGUAACCCUAUCACAAUUGUGUGACUCGCAAUGAGAUGACAACGAAUGCAAAUGCUAUCGUCA